AUGGCCGCGGUCCUGGAUGGCGCCUGUCUUACCACGCCAGCGCUGGGCGGCAGGAAUGGGAGCGCCGGGGUUGCCACGCCCGCUGCUUGCAACCAGAGCGCAGUGAAGCUGCCGCCGUACUCCCCCGAGGCCACCGCUGCCUUCGCCUCCAUCAUCACCUUCAUGAUGGUCUUCACCAUCUUCGGCAACAUCCUGGUGAUCAUCGCCGUGCUGACCAGCCGCUUGCUGCGGGGCCCGCAGAACCUCUUCCUGGUCUCCCUGGCGGCGGCAGACAUUUUGGUGGCCACGCUCAUCAUCCCCUUCUCCCUGGCCAACGAGCUGAUGGGGUACUGGUACUUCCGCUCCGCCUGGUGCGAGAUCUACCUGGCGCUGGACGUGCUGUUCUGCACCUCCUCCAUCGUGCACCUGUGCGCCAUCAGCCUGGACCGCUACCUGUCGGUGUCGCGGGCGGUCCGCUACAGCGGCCAGCGCACGCCGGGCCGCAUCAAGGCCGCCAUCCUCGUCGUCUGGCUGAUUUCGGCGGUCAUCUCGUUCCCGCCACUGCUGUCUGUGAACAAGAGCCCCGGGGGAGCGGAGCUGGGGUCAGGGCCGCAGUGCCAGCUCAACAACGAGCGCUGGUACAUCCUCUACUCCACCGUCGGCUCCUUCUUCGCCCCCUGCCUCAUCAUGAUCCUGGUGUACGUGCGCAUCUACCAAAUCGCCAAACGCCACACCCGCUGUCCGCCAGGGAGCAACGUCCCCCUGCCUCCUGCGGUCUCAGCCACCCCCGAGCACAAUGGGGAGGGAGCCACCAACCCCCAAAAAAUAUGUGCUCUGGGACCCCCUACCGUUCCUCAGCCACCCGACCCCAGCUUACCCGCCUCCACCCCCGCUCCUGCCCCGACACCCACGGGGCCCUCUCCUUCACCGUUCCCCUCCCUGCCCCCCAGUCACCAGCCGGAGGUGCCCCCCAAACCCAGGGAGGGCCAGAGCAGGAAGCGGAAGAAGAUGGUGGACAACAACAACGGCGGCAGCUCCAGCUCGGAGUCGGACGGGGAGGCGGAGGGCGGGCGUGCGGGUGCAGGGACCCCCGGCGCUCUGGGUCCCCCGGACGAGGCCCCCGGAGCCCGCGGCCCCGGGCAGGGCCUCAGGGACAUGGUGGUGACGCCGUCGGGCACGGCGCUGAUGGAGCAGCAGAAGGCCCGGCUGGAGGCCACGCCCAACAUGGCCCGGCGCAAGGCCGUGCUGAACCGCGAGAAGCGCUUCACCUUCGUGCUGGCCGUGGUGAUCGGCGUCUUCGUGCUCUGCUGGUUCCCCUUCUUCUUCACCUACAGCCUGAAGGCCGUCUGCCCGGAGGCCUGCGCCCUGCCCGAGCCCCUCUUCAAGUUCUUCUUCUGGAUCGGCUACUGCAACAGCUCGCUCAACCCCCUCAUCUACACCAUCUUCAACAAGGACUUCCGCCGCGCCUUCAAAAAGAUCCUCUGCAAGACCACAAAGGACACCCCGUUUUGAGCGGCCGGGUGAAAUAAUUAAAAAAUGUUUUUUUGUAUUUUAACUUAAAAGAAGAAAAAAAUCUGCAUCAUAAAUUUGUGACACUGCCGCGAUAUGUGAUCACGUACUGUACAAUCUCCGACAACCGUUGAGCAUUUUUUUAUUAUCAACAAACUUGUUGUGCUUUAGUAAUGGAAGAAGCCGCACUGCUUGCUCAUGUCUGCCUCUGCCUGACGCCCCUGUGACUCAUUCGUGAAUGGAUUGUGGUGGGGACGGGCUGUAUGUUUUUAUAUUGAGCAAGCAGUCGAUUCAAAUGAAUGCUGUGAUUAAUGAAGGCUUUUCUUACCUGGUGGGGUGGAAAGUGUCAGGAAAGGGAACCCCCCCUUUUUUUAAAAAAAUGAAAAGUGAGGAAGGCACAAGGUUGCACCAUUUUUUUGGAUUGUUGGAGGUUCUGGGCAUCAGUUAUGUCCACAGCUUGGACAGUUUUUAAUUGCGAGAGACCAUACAGCACUUAUUUUUUAAAGUUUCUACUAAAUGAAACAUCAUUCAAGCAAAUAUUUAAAAAAAAUUUAGGUUCACCUUCAGAAGAUUUUGUGGACAGCUUGGAACCUUAGGGUCUGCUUUAAAAAACAAAACAAAACACAAAAACUGUGUCCUUGCAGAAAUGCUACAGCACAACACUUAAGAGCUUAUUUUUUCUUAUUAAUAACUGUUUCUUGAUGAGGGUAUUCUGUGGAUUACAGGAUCUCUCCAACACCCAGCAGAAAUAUGACAUGUUCUCCCAUAAGUUAUUCUCUUUUCUGUACAAAAACAAAUAAUUUAUGUUGGGGUCAUAAAUCAAGUGGUUGACCUUGACCCUCUGGUAGGAAAGGCUGCAAAUACAUGAAGUGGCAGUUUGGUAAUUCAUAGUUCUCUGAAAGAAAGACAUUGAUUUGUGUGAAUUGUUUGUGAACAAUGUAUGGCUCUUUUGGUACCACUUUCUUACCUAUAGAACCACUAUUAACCUACCUGUAUUGUCUCUGAACUCAUAACACACACAAAAAAACGUUGUUGGAUUUUACAGGAACUUUUAAAUGGGGGGAAACAUUUUUAACUAGGUUCGGCAAAGGUAUGCUGAUUAGCCAGGCAUCAGUACAUUUGACCUUUCUGCUAAAUCAGAGUGAUCGACCCUGGACAAAUGAAAUAAUAUGCUCUAUAUAACCACUGUUGUUGUUAAGUACCGCUGUGUGUGUGUUUAUGCAUGUGAGAUUGCCUGUGUGUGUGAGAGAAUACAUUCUUACUGCUGUGUAUAUGAACCUGUGUGUGUCUGGGAGAUCACUUGCCUCAGUAUGUAUGUGUUUUUGAGUGAGUGUGUGAGUGCAGGCAUGCAUGCACUGACUCUGCAUGUGGCUGAGUGUGUAUGGGUGGGGGUAUUGCCUCCUUGUGCGUGUGUGUGUGUGUGUGUGUGAGAGAGAGAGAGAGUGAGUGAAACAUUGGUGCCUCUGUGUGUACGUGUUUAUGGGUGUGGGUGCGUGUAUAUGAACAUUUUUGCCUCUGUGUGGUUGCUGCAUUAAGUAUGUGUAACGUGUGCCGGCAGCAAUCCUGCUCUUCAUUAAAUCAGCUGGUGUACAAUGCUGACCGCUGUGGACCGAAUAUACACACGCUUUGUAUAAGUGAUGUUGUCACGUUCUGGUGCAUUUGCGUGUGUGUGUAUGCGUGUCUAUGUACACGUGUGCAUGCGUGUGUGUGUUUUCUUUGUUUAUUUGUGUGACUUUGGGGCAGCUGGUAUACUUUGCAUGAAUGGCACAAGAAAGCCUGUUCUUAACCAUCUACUGUUCAGUGGCCUGUGAUAAAGACCCCGUAUUAUCUUCGCAGCAAGUGGUCUACACCAUGUUUGGGUGCCUCUGUGACAUGCCAUAGGAAAAAACUGGGAUAAGUAUGUCACUUGUCCACAUAGAACCCUGAGAGGAGCUCCACUAAUCAUGGAGUAAGUUGGUAGGAAGAAACAG